AUGCGUCCCGUUCUGCUGUCGCUGUUGGCUCUAGCGGCGCUGCUGGCGCCCGCCCAGGCCGCCUGCCCGCACGAGGACCCCGCGCUGCGCCGCGCCAGCGGCCGGCUGGUGUUCGACCCGAGCGUGACGCUCUCCAAGCUCGCCGCCGGCACCGUGGUGGUGCACGGCGAGCUCUGGGUCGGCUCCGAGGACUGUCCGUUCGCGGGGCAGGCGGAGCUGGAGCUGCUCGGCAGGAAGGGUGACUCGGACGGCGUGGAGGCCGGCGGCUCGCGCCACGUCAAGGCACUGGUGGUGGCGGAUGGUGGCCGGCUGGAGGUGCACGGCGCGCCGCGACGCGCCUGGAGCCGCCUCACUGCCACCCUGCCCAAGACCACGCGCGAGGCUGUGAUCGGCAGCCCGAUAUUCGACCAACAACAGUCAGAGUGGCACAACAGUCGCCACCGCGGCUUCCUGGCGUACGAGUUCGACGAGGGCGGCCAGGUGAUUGGCUUCCUCGGCCUGCUGCACCGAGUGGCUGAUUUCCAGGCGCUGGCCGCCAAGACGGACAGCGUGAUCCUGCUAGUCCUGCAGCGGCAGGUGUCGUUCUCGGACGGCGAGGAUGUGACGGCGAUGGCGGACGCGCUCAGCGCCGCCUGCUUCAACAGCGAGGCGGACAGCGCCAUCAGGGACUUCACCGACGGCCAGGCGGUGGCAUGGGCGGCUAUCUGCCACGUGGGUCACCCGGAGAACAGCGUCGAGGAGGUGGGCCACGAGCAGGACGGCUUCUCAGUUACAUCUCGUCUCACGCGCACCAUCGGCACCGCCGAGUUCGUCGUCUACUCGGAGACAGAGCUGGAGGACGGCUGGCCAUCCACGGCUGACGUGCUCUCGUACGCCCCAGGCACGAUCCCGCCGAGGACGAUGACGCUCAGUCUGGAGGACGACGUCAGUGACUGGAGCGCGGGUGACACGAUCGUCGUCACGUCCACGGACUACGACUGGCGGCAGGCGGAGGAGUUCGUGCUGCAGCCGUGCGCCGACUGCACCGCCGACCAGAUCAGCAUCGAGAGUCCGGCGGAGUUCACGCACUGGGGCGAGACCACCGACGGUGUGCGCAUGGCCGCCGAAGUCGCGCUUCUCAACCGCAACGUUAGGAUCCACGGCCGCAUGGAGGACGCCUGCUACGGCGACAACAACUGCGACGACUUCAGCUUCGACACGUUCGGCGGCCACGUCAAGGUGCUGGCCGGCUUCCAGGCGGCCCACAUCGCCAACGCGGAGGUGUUCCACAUGGGACAGAACUCGGUGCUUGGCGCCUACCCCAUCCACUUCCACAUGUGCGGCGACGUCAGCGCGCAGGCCUCGCCACCGUACGUGCGUUCCAACGCCAUCCAUCAUACGUUCGCACGCUGUGUGACCGUUCACGGCACCAGCGGCCUGCUGGUGGAGGACAACGUCGCCUUCGACCACUACGGCCACUGCUUCUUCCUGGAGGACGGUGCCGAACAGAACACGGUACUCCGCGGCAACCUGGGCCUGAGUACGCGGCGCACGAGCAUCACCCCGACCGACCAGCGCAUGGCGGCGACGUUCUGGAUCACCAACCCGCUGACCACCAUGGAAGGCAACGUGGCAGCCGGGUCCGAUGCGUAUGGCAUCUGGUACACGUUCCCGCUGCGACCGAUCGGGCCGUCGGCGCUGCGCACGCCGCUCGCGCCCUUCGUCGACAACGUAGCGCACUCCAACAACGACUACGGCCUGCGACUCGACGACCUGCUGAAGACGAACGGCGGCGUCGGCGGCAGGUUCGCGUACGACCCGCGCGAGGACCCGCUCGACCCGACCUCGUCACCCGUGACCGUCACACUGCGCGGCUACAACGGCUACAAGAACUACAAGUCGGCGUGGCUGCGCGGCGCCAGCCUGGUAGCCGAGAAUUUCAGCAUCGCUGAGACCGUGGAGGGCGUGGUGUUCGCAAGCUCGGCGCCCGGUUCCAAGCGGCUGGUGCGCUCGCGCCUCGUGGGCGAGACGGCCAACAAGGGUAAGCCGGAGGGCUGGAUUCCGCUAGCGAACGGCACGACCGUCUGGUGGGAUCGCCAGAUUCGCAUGGGUGGCGCCAACCGCGACGUCAGCUUCCAUCGGUUCGCGACCAACGCGGUGCGGCCGUCGGGCGCGAUCGGUCUCCGCCGCGCUUUGCGCUGGUACACCUCGCCGGCCAACCGCGUCGCCGGCGUGACGUUCGACUUCGCCGAUCCCGCCGACGGCAACCGCGUCUACGACGCCAGCGAGGGCCAGGGCUUUGCCGACCUGGCGGGGAACAUCCACUCCGUCUUUCGGGACAUCGACGGCUCACUCACGACCUACGCCGGCGCGACCGUGGUGAAGCCGUACGCCGUGCAUCUGAACGCCCGCUGCGCGCCCGUGCCCAACUGGAACCUGUACGUGUGCCCGGCUGCCUUCACCAAGUUCAAGCUCGAGUGGUACGACAUGGCGUCCAGCCCAGUCACCUUCGUGACGCGCGACGACGGCAGCGCCACGCACAGUCUGCCGCGGCCGCGCCAGAUCAGCUACGCCCUCAACUCGGAGGAGGGCUACAUCCUACACUUCAACACCAGCGUGCCACGCUCCUUCAGCUUCACAGUCACCGGCCUGCAGGCGGGCGUCGAGCAGCGGCUCGGCGUCUGCAUCGGCCGCGACGCCACCGACGUGCGCAUCAGCCUCACCGGCAUCCCGACGCCGACGUUCGAGGACCUGCUCACCGGCUCGCCGGGCACGCAGGUCUUCCACGACCGCGAGCGGGGGCUGCUGCUGUUCCGAUUCCGCGUGCCGUACGCGCUCAGCGCCGACACGGAGACGGAGUGUCCGGGCGGCGGUCCGUAUGGCGCUUGCCCGGUCGUGAAGGUGUCCAUGGCGGCGGCGAGCGAGGACGGCGACUGCUCGGAGAGGGCGUACCCGACCUACGCCACCGCCCCACUCGACGCCGCCGGCGGUCUUGUCACACCGAGCUUCUAG